UGAAAAUGCACGUUUUAAUAGAAGUUUACAUUGAGAGCGGUGUGUCCGUUGAGCUGCUCGUGCCCGUGAGGCCGGGCGCGCGCGUCGGGAGCGCGCAUCAUGGCGGAGGGCGAGCUGGACGUGGAUUCUCUGAUCUCCAGACUGCUGGAGGUGCGAGGAUGCCGUCCAGGGAAGAUCGUUCAGAUGACGGAGGCGGAGGUUCGGGGUUUGUGCAUUAAAUCACGUGAGAUCUUCCUCAGUCAGCCCAUCCUGCUGGAGCUGGAGGCUCCGCUCAAGAUCUGCGGUGACAUCCACGGCCAGUACACGGACCUGCUGCGGCUCUUCGAGUACGGAGGCUUCCCUCCCGAGGCCAACUAUCUGUUCCUGGGAGAUUACGUGGACCGAGGGAAGCAGUCGCUGGAGACCAUCUGCCUGCUGCUGGCCUACAAGAUCAAGUACCCCGAGAACUUCUUCCUGCUCCGCGGGAACCACGAGUGCGCCUCCAUCAACCGCAUCUACGGCUUCUACGACGAGUGCAAGCGCAGGUUUAACAUCAAACUGUGGAAGACGUUCACCGACUGCUUCAACUGUCUGCCGAUCGCUGCUAUAGUGGACGAGAAGAUCUUCUGCUGCCACGGAGGACUUUCUCCAGAUCUGCAGUCGAUGGAGCAGAUCAGACGCAUCAUGAGACCCACGGACGUACCUGACACAGGGCUGCUGUGUGAUCUGCUGUGGUCAGAUCCUGAUAAAGAUGUUCAGGGCUGGGGAGAGAACGAUCGCGGCGUGUCCUUCACCUUCGGAGCAGAUGUGGUCAGUAAAUUCCUGAACCGGCACGAUCUGGAUCUCAUCUGCCGCGCGCAUCAGGUGGUUGAGGACGGUUACGAGUUCUUCGCCAAGCGGCAGCUGGUCACGUUGUUCUCGGCACCGAAUUACUGCGGAGAGUUCGACAACGCUGGAGGAAUGAUGAGCGUCGACGAGACCCUGAUGUGCUCCUUCCAGAUCCUGAAGCCGUCGGAGAAGAAGGCGAAGUAUCAGUACGGCGGGAUGAACUCCGGCCGACCCGUGACUCCGCCCAGAACGGCCACGCCCCCUAAGAAGCGCUGAAGGGGCGGAGCCUCCAUCGGCAUGACGACUGUAUUGAAAACACACACACACGCACACACGAUGUAGUUAAAGCAAGCACGCGUAUUGUUUUCUCUGCUUGGUUUGGUUUGAGCGUCUGUAGCGUCACGUUUCCCCGUGUUUGAACUCUCACUCACUCAUAACACUGACCAGCUGUUUUCUAGUUAAUCCUGUCACUCUGCAGGCCUGUUCACAACAUCUGGAUUUUCAGUAAAUAAAGUUUGACAAAACCUC